AUGUUUACUGUGACUCACCAACCUGCACAAGAACAUAAUCAACCACUGUUGUUAGUUUGGCCUGCUUUCAUUGUUACCAUGAAACAUACCUUUUUCAGACAUUGCUGUUCAAUCUGUCUGGAGCCACUGAAAAAAAAAAGUGAAGAAAUUAGCAGAUUAAACAGUGGACUUUUAAAGUCCAAGGGCAUGGAACCCUUUGAAAAUGAUGGAGAUCUGUUUGAAGAUAGCAAUGCUACAACCGUCAGGAGUAUGAAUGUAAUUGAUGCUGAAUCAUUUUAUUUAACAACAGAAUGGACUCUGAAGGUUGACAAUAUCCUAAAUAGUUAUCCAACAAUCCCUCUUCCAUCGAAACCCAAUCAUUCAGUCAACAACCACCCUUCACCUCCAGAUACAAAUUCACCAAAUUCACCUGACCGUCACAGCUCUCCUCACGUUCUGACGCCCAUAUAUAUCCAACCAUAUCAACAUAGCGAUUUCACUUUCUGGUUCUUUCAUAGCACUAUUUCACAGUCAAAAAUUCAUGGUAGAACAGGAAGCAACGAAUGCACCCUUAUUGCCCUUUUGUAUAGCAAAUUGUUUUAUUCAUCCAAUGUUGAUAUUCCUGUUAUAACCAGUCCACUGACUCAAACAUGGGUGUACCAGAUAAUUGUUCAACGAAUCUUACUAGGUCACAGGAUCUAUGAUUCAAUCACACUAAACUCUCCACAAACCUUUGGUAUCCUACGAGCUCUGUAA